AGAUCAUCGACAAAAUAAAUAAAGUUAAGUCUGAUUUAGUAUUUUAUACCAGGUGCAGCAUAGGGCGGGCAGGUUUGCAUCCUUUAGAACAGGAAGCUCUUGCGGCGAUAAAUUCUUUUGUCUUUCCAGAUACUUGAAGAUGCAGGAACCUACUCUCAAUAGAACCGUGGGAAAACUCUUUUUUAUUUUUUCGAUCAAGUAAUUUAAUUAUUGAAGAACUGCUUGACUACUAAUUGCUUGACUACUAAUUGCUUCUAUAACCGACUUCGAAGUUUAUAAAAAACAUUAUUAGAGUGACAAAUACAAUUUCGGUACCAAAAGAAUAUAUAAAAUAAUAAUUGAUUAAAAUAAUUAGAAUAACAAUGAAGCAGAUAAUCAAGGAGAUAAGCAUUAACGGAGUAGAUUACGUUAUGGUGGUUACUCACCUGUCAUCCACUCAAAAUAAAAUUAAUUCAGAUGGAAAUGGUAAGGCUGAAACUUCGAAAUAUGGACCAAAUCCCCCUAUUACUGUUUAUAUUAAUGAAUCAGGUAAUCAAUCUAUGGGUCAAUACAUAUACACUAUCCAAUCAUACCUGACAUCGCUCAACUCUCAAAAACUGCUGGCUACUGAGGAUAACAACAGUCUAGCAUCUUUGAAUUACCUUCUCAAUAAAAAAUUCAACACUCCGAUUUAUCUAAAUUUCAAUGGAUCUUAUGAUGGGCUUACAUUGACGAUACCACUUUUUUCAGAGAUAUCGAAUGUUCUCGUUAAUUAGUGCUGUGGCACAGAUGAGAUGUAAAAUUCACUGACAUCCAAAUUUAGAUAAUAGAUUUAGUAGGUAAAUAGGUUAACACCACUCGUGGCUUAUUCUUGUAUAUUAGCUUGUAUGUUUUUAAUGAAUGAUGAAUAUAUACAGUUACGACUAAUGUUUAUUCAUUGGUCUGUCAUGCUAUACGGGGUUUGUGUAAGCGGUGGUUA